CAUCAAUCAAGUGGCAAUGGGUGUGAAACCCAUUGUCGCCAGCGGUGCUUCUACACUUCCGGGAGCUAUGAAUGAACCUAUGAAAAAGGUUACCCUUCAGCUGGGGUCAAUCGUGAACGAGACGAAGGGUGGUGAAAGUUCGCCGGAGCGAAGAAGUGAUCUAGAGGAUGGGGACGAUGGUACCGAUAGUCCUAGUCCACCGGCAACCGGCUUUCAGCGACAUAAUUCGCUCACGCGCAAACAGGCAGCAACGCUGGCCGCGAAUCGAGCGAAAGCGAACCAACAGAAUCUGCAGCAACGGCACGCGGUUACGCUAGCAACGCUGCCACCACCGAUCGAAGCCGACUCGGAUGAAACCGACUCGUGGGCCCAUCCGCUGCAGGCAAGCAUUGGUGGUGUCCCGAUGGCCGGGCAUGGUCUUGCGGAAGGACCCGGUAUGGUAGUUCUGGCACCACCACCCGAGUUUAGUGACACGACCUCCGCUCCCUCCGCGGCCGUCAGCGUGAACCUACAAUCGCACCAUUCCCACCAUCAGCACCACCAGCAUCAGCACGUCCAUCAUCACCAUCAGCACACGGUAGCGGCGGGUACGGGUGCGCUGGUUAUCGGGGGCCACAAUCCAAACUGUAAGCGAGUACGUAUCGUUGGUGCGGUACCGAAGGUGAACCGCAUGAACAGUCAGUGAAUCCAGCGGGAGCAAAAGGAGGAUACUUUUCUUAUGCGUACCUCCCUCCUUAUCUGAAUACUGUAUAUUUAUAUUUCUGUAAAAAAAACUCAAACACACACACGGGGCAGCGAUCCUAUCUCGUUGAUUCUCCGAGAGAAGCAGAAUGAAAAAUACUUUCAACUUUUUUCCUAUUCGGCCUCCUCCUACUUGCUCGCAUCCUAGUAUGCGAUGGCGGUUAGAGCGGGCCCUUUGGAAGACCAGGAAUAAUGUUGAGAUUCGUUUUUUGCUAUGCAAUUGAGCCACUCCGGUGCAUCUUGUGGUGUGGUGGUUCUUGAAAUUUAGGAUAAGAAUUCACGUACGCUUUUAUGGUACUUCUCUCUGGGUUUGCUAAUCCGCAUUUCAUUUUGUGCUACCAAACAUACACACACACACAUACACACAUACACUCUCCUCAUACACGCAUGUUUGCGGAAUUUUAUGUAAUCGCUGCUCGCGUAUGAAGAAUCCUAGAAUAUCAACCACCUAGCGUUCCGUCGUCCUGGUUUUUUCCCCGGUGCGCUUAUUAAUUACAUUAAUUAACAAAGUCAAACCGCGUCGCGUCACACGGGGGAAAACGUUGCGACCAGCGCGUUUGCGAAUAGCCUCAGUUUGCUAAUUUACUGUGCAUACACACAGACGCACACAUAUCUACAAGGCGCAGGGAGAGCAGGAUAAAACGGGACCGGAAAUGGAUUUUCUUAGUAGAACCUUUUGAGAAUGAGAUGAAAUGCGAGAAGUGAAAAUUUGUGAUUAUUUAUAUGUCCCGUUUUUACGUUUGAGGAACGCGCAACGAGAUGCAUUUGCGUGUGUUUGUAUGUUUCUAGGUGUGCGCGUGUAUGUGUGUAUGUAUUUACGUAUUUGAGUAAAACUAUGAUAAGGAAUGUAGAACGUUUCUUUUAACAUGUUUGGGUUUAGUGAGUAGCUUUACGUAACGUAAGGGUGUGUGUGUGUGUGUGUGUGUGUGUAUGUGUGUUGCGGAAGAGUAUUAGUGCUCAGUAUGUGUUUUACAUUUGUGUGCGUGUGCCUGUAUGUAUGCACAUGUGCGUAGGUCAUAGUGUGAUGGUUUUUUAUACACCUACGAUUUGAAUGAAUACGCCAAUACAACACACAACUGUUGCCAAACAAGAAACAAUCAACCACGCAGGCCCCAGGGAUAGUGUUGUGUUGUGCUAGGUAUGGCGAUCAUGCCGAGAAAAUCAUGCACAGCACGCAGAAGAGCGAGAAGAUUGUGUACUUUGUCAAGCACCGCUAGCACAACGACUAGAAACUACUUGAGAAACUACCCUACUACCUAAGCGAUCCUUCCAGAGUGCAGUGGAGUGCAACAAACACAACACCGCAAGCCUCCAAAUCACAACCCCCCUCACAGUCAACUAAACAAUGUUUUUAAAUUCAAGUGUAUAAGCAAGCAUACCCCAUAGAGUUUGUACUAAGAUAGAAAUUAGGCAAUGGGCAAUGAUGGGAGGAUUUUGCACUAGAUUCGGUACAGCGUAAAAACCGCGCAGACUAGUAGUAGCGGUAGGCGGGGAAAAAGGUAGAAGAUGAACAAUAGCGGAGAUAUUAAGGUUAAGGUAAAACUAAGCUAAUUUUGUCUACAAAUACAUAAGGAUGCAACUCAUUUUUUUCCAUUCGAUAAAGCUAAAAACAGCAUUGCUACAACAUUAACAGGAUCACAACCGAAGAGGAAGACUCAUUCAGCAAUGGCUGGCCACACUCUGUACACUACACUGCUCUGAAUGCGCACGGCAAUAUCACAUACAGAAGGGCGGGGCCAGCAAGGAAGUAAAUGAAGGAAUUUGAAACCCCGAAUCGCCAUAAACGAACUUAACGAACUUAAUGCAACUGUUUGAAAUGAAGAAUGGAUACUAACAAUUGGCGAAUGAGAAGGUGAAAGGUAUAGCCCCAACAAAACCACUCAUCAAUGGCUAAGCACAUAUAAGAAUCGAUCUGUUUCAGAAACACACACACACCCACAGCAGCACCUAUGUUCCGGUACGACCGAGGCGGUGUCACCCAUUAGGAGCCAAGUCGAACUAGAUAUUUAUGCGUGGCAGCAAUGGGGAGAGCCACAGAGAGAAAAUUAAAAUACAAAAUUACAGAUUGUGGUUUGCGAUUGCGACUGAUAUUCGGAAGAUAAAUUAAAUUAAAGCAGAACAACAGAAACCCAUUUGCGAGUCGCUUAGAGGGGCGGCAUUCGAAGCCUCAUAGUCUAUUUCAUUCAGAAGCGAAAACAGUCCAUUAGUCAAUAUAUCCUCCCAAACCCAAAACCCUCCCCUGAUCGUGUGCGCAUUAGCGCAGCGCAGCUUAAGCAGCAGCUCGUGCCGCUAGCUCGGCUGUACACCGACUAGAACUAGACAAAUGUUCGAAUAGAGCGUAGUUUCAAGCAAGGCGUACCUUAUCUUGCUUACGCGAAACGCUAGCGAAUUAACGAAGCAAAAACGAUGACCGAUUAUAGAAGCAAACGCCCCAUCGAUAAACACGAUUCUUGAGCGUACCAUUGAGCCGUUUAGUGAAUGCUCCUAAGCGCGGAGAUGAAAAAUUAAGUAGGGGGCCUAUGGGUGCAAAAGUAAGUCUCGCGCCACACCGCGCCAUUUGCCGCUCACCGAAACUAUCACAGCAGCAAUACAGCGCUCGCAACGCGAUAACUAAUUCCUCAUCCUAAUCCAAUCAUCCACUAUGCAAUCCAAAUUACACGCAUACGUCAAUGGUAUUGAUUAUUCCCACGAUUAGUAUGGUAUUGAAAUAAAAGCAAGAUAAUGAAGCAUACGAAGGUGAAAACGCAUCGCGAGUGUGUGUCUGUUGGUAUUAGCGAAUGAUCCGAAAGUGAAGAUGGACACUAGAAGGGUUCGAAUGUGCGUGUUUGUCAACUACCAGCGAUUAGGACUUAAGCAUUCUC